UUACGACAGAGUACUGUAGAGCAGACUCAUGAAACCUACCAUCUCUUCUCAUUUUCAGUUCCGCAAUCACUGUGUGGAGAUUUUCACUGCCGGUGAGAUGAUCCGCCUGUUCUCUGGCUCGAACGACGACUCAGGCAAUAAAUCAGCUCGCGGCGGGGCGCUCCCCGAACCUAAGUCUCUGUAACAUCAGAUGCAAUGGCCACCACAGCGUCAACCAAAGAGCUCACCAAGGCUCUCACGACCUAUCUCUCCGCUCCAUCCCCGGCGUUUCCUCUCCCCGACGACAUCACUCAAGUGAUCGAGGCUUACCGAACGAAACACGACAGACAGGAUGAUGCGGCCGACGAAAGGCUGCAGGAGGAGCUCCUCCAGCUCUACCAAAAGCUCGUCCACGGACAGGCUUCACGGAUCGCGCCAUUCAUAGCCAUCCUGAGAUCCAUACGCCCGAAGUUAUGGACCUCACCUCGCGCGGCCCACUGGUUUGAUGUGCUCGUCGACGACGUUCUAGACCACAUAUGGCAAAACAAGGCUCUCACGAAAGAAGUCAAUGUCAACUAUGAGAGCGUCAUGAAAUCAAGUGCGGAAGACCGCGACGCUACAGCAAAUAUCAUGGGGCGCUGCCUUGAGCGCUGGAUGCAAUACGCGCAUGUGUCAUGGCAGAGCGCCGACCCUGCAACCAGGUUCAAGGAGAACAGGAUACGAGACAUGAUGCUAGUCUGGGGAAAAAAAUCGCCAAAGCUCUUUAUGGAAAUUGUCGAACCCUUUUUCUCCAAGGCCGAGUUCCGAACACGGGCGACUACCAUACUUUGCGAGUUUAUACAAAGUCAACCGCCACAUCUGCACCUAGCAGCUGAGGCUUCACUACUCAAGAAGAUGUUUACUUCUUUGCAGAGGGACAAAUCGACAACAGCCAUCAGCCUUACUUUGACAGCCCUUACCAUGCUACUCCCGAAUUUCCCAAGCUCUCUCGUUCCACACUUGCCAACUCUGUUUAACAUAUACGCAAGAUUGCUCUUUUGGGACAGGGAGCGAUCUCAUGAUGGCGCUGAGCCACAGCCAAACUUUGAGUCGGAAGACGACGACGAGGCUUGGGAGGUCCUGCCGUUUUUGCCAGAGAUGGAAAGCACCGAUAUCCCUCAGCUUUUGAACUACUUCACGAUCCUCUAUGGGCUUUAUCCCAUCAACUUCACCGAAUACAUCCGAAAGCCACAGCGAUGGCUUCGACAUGUUAAUGCCACUAAUUCGAAUGAUAUCGACGUUCAACCAUCUGAGAUGAGAUACCGGUCCGAGAGAUUUAGGCAGGUCCAUCUCUUGCAUCCUAAUUUCUACACCUUGACCGUGGAGACAGAGAAAACGGACUUUGGCAGGUGGCUGAAAAGUGAACCGGCUGUGGUAGUAGCCGAGUGUAUGGCACUUUGCGUAUCAAGCACAGCAGAAAUGGAUCACAGUGCUGCACCCGUACCACUUGGGGGCGCCUCAAACAACCUUCAUGACGAUACCGAAAAAGGUGGCUAUGGGCCCCCGCAGUCGAACACAUCCGGAGUACUUUCACCGACCCAGGGUUCGAGCAACGCUUCGUGGCGGCAAAAUAACUCGAACGCAAAUGACUUGCCUGCCGGAGACCGAGCGCACUCUUCGGUGCGGCAGAGCUCGCAGUCAAGUCAUCCCUCAUUUCGAGAGUCGUUUGACAACAGGGCAAGCGUUGAUAGCCCGACUUUGCCGCCGUUGCUGUUAGCGUCACCGUCGCAGUCCCAUCUUCAAGACUUGAUACGGUCAAGCAAGGUCAAAUCAAGCAUAGGCCAGUCUCUUGCCAAUGACAGUGUGCCGUCCCUAUCCCUCAGCCACCAGGAAUCGAUUUCGGAGCGUCCAAUCGCCUCGGCACUUGCCUCGCAGCAUUCUCUUCGCUCUCCACUGCCCGCUGGUGGCAGCGAGGUAGCUAGUCUUCAGCGCCAGAUCAUGGUACUACGAAACGAUCUUAAUUUCGAACGAUACAUGAAGCACCAGCACAUGGCACACAUAGGUGAGCUGCGAAGGAUGCACAUGAAAGAAGCGGCAACCGAGGCGGAAACUCAGAACCUCAUCAUGAACAAUCGCAAUCUGAAGCACCGUUUGGAUGAGGCGAAACGCGUCGAGUUGCAAGUUAAGAAGGAUUCGGAAAAAAGUCGAGUUCUCGCACACAAGUGGGAAGCUGAAUUAUCGACCAAGCUCAGAAAUUUGAAGACCGAUAUGAAGGCCAAGCUCUCGGAAAUAGAGUCACUUCAGCGGGAGCUGAACUCAGCGAAAGAGGAGUGCGAAAAGCUGAGAGCUAUGGUGGGCGAGGCCGAGGUCAAGGAACUGAACGCAGCUCAGGCCAUGCAAUCGCUCGAAAUCAAUAUGGCAGAGAUGACCAGGCUCCGCGCUGAACUUGACCGUUUGUUGGCUUCUGAAAGAGACUAUCAAGCCAAACAGAUGGAGACCGAGGCAAGGUUGAACGCUGCAGCAGAGGCAGAGCACAAGGCCGGCAUUCUGGAAAUGAAGGUGGCGUCGCUGGACAACGAACUGCAGGUCACGAGGGAUCAGUUCCAGUCUCAGAUUGUGGUCCUGAAUGCCAAACUGGCCGAGGCGUUGAAGAGAAGCCGAGGCAAAGGCAGCGAAGAGUUGACGGCAAUAUUUGAAGGUGCUAUUGCGGCCAGUCGGGCGAAGCAGGUCGAGCUUCAGAAGCAGCACAAUGACUUGCUGAGGCGGCACACGAAACUGCAGUCACAACUUCUAGAGAAGACACUGAGCGAGAGAGCGCAUCAAAAGCCAGACUUCUCUGGAUCCGCCGAGGCAGACGCCCAAGUGUCAGCCAUAGUCGGGCCUUCGUUCAGCCAGCGGGCGCGGGGGCAGAAGGCCAGUCCGGAUCCGGAUGCAAACGAUCUCAGCCAGUUGGAAAGUUUUGGGUCGGGGACGUCCACAGGCACUACUGUGCACCGACCGGACACUCCAUCCAAGGUUGAGGUGGGAUCAAGCAGUAUCAGUCCUCAACCCGAGCGAAUUUACCCGAGGGGUGGUGUUCAAAAUACUAUUAGAAAAGAUAGGAAGGAUAAGAAGAAGGAUGACCAGGACAAAAAGGAUAAGAAACCCAGCGGUAUCAGGGGGAUCCGCGGUUUUGUAUAACAGCAGGAAAAAUUAUAUACCAUUGGAGGGAGGUCAUGUCGGUUUUGGUGGUAUGGCAACGAAGGAGGCACAUAAAAAAACGACAUAGCAGAUUUUUUUUAUGAGGGCAACCUAUUGUUAUUGUAUAUUCUACGUAGCACUAGACCUAGUAUUAUUAUUGAUGGCGGGAUGGAUAUGAUCUGGGCAUGUAUUUAUAUGGGGCUAUAUGUUAGACUAGACAAUGUACCUAGCUUUGGG